CGUGGCGGCGAGUCGGCGCGGCUCAGUCAGCGACGUGGGGUCGCACGGUACGGUCGCGUUCCGUCUGCGUGUCGUUCUAGUGACGUACGAAAGCAUUCUGUGUUCGCGUACGCGCCGCAUUCCAUCGUGGGGGCCCUUCGCCGCUAUUGGUCGGGCCCGAGUGACGUCACUCCUCGUAAUGAGGUAUUCAACAUGGCCGUGUAGCUAGUUCGCGAGUGUGCUUCGUUAUUCGUUUGAAUGGAUUUAAUCAGUGAAAUAUGCCAAGGAGACCAAACGGCGAGAUACCCUUGCCUGACGGUUGGGAUUAUGCGAGGGACUAUGACGGGAAACUUUAUUUUAUUGAUCACAACAAUAGAAAUACUACUUGGAUUGACCCGCGGGACAGAUACACAAAACCCCAGUCCUUUGCGGACUGUAUCGGCAAUGAGCUACCGCAUGGUUGGGAGGAGGCGUACGAUCCACAAAUUGGACCUUAUUACAUUAACCAUAACAAGCAGGUGACGCAGCUAGAAGACCCGAGGUUAGAAUGGCUCAGCAUCCAGGAGGCGAUGCUGAGGGAUUACCUCCAUACAGCACAAGAAGCAUUGGAGGUAUGUUUACCAUAUUGUACUUAA